AUGCAAUAUGCAGAGAAUCUGGAUGGUGAUGUGCAUGGUGCUUUGUCAGGAAAAGAAGACUUCAAAGUUCGAGGAUUGUUACUUUUGGUGGUAUCUGUGGAGAAAAUCCCAUUGAAGCAUCGGAUACUACCCUUUUUUUUGGCCCUUUACAUCAUCAACAUCGGAGAAGGUGGUCACCGUCCAUGUAUCCAGACCUUCGCCGCCGAUCAGUUUGACGACAAUCUCGCCGCUGAGAAACUCGCCAAGAGUUCAUUUUUCAACUGGUGGUACCUGGGGAUUGUGAUUGGUGCCACCACUUCCAUUCUAGUUGUCAUUUACGUCCAAGAUAAUAUUGGAUGGGGUUGGGGUUUUGGCAUACCGGCGAUAGUGGUGGCGGUGGCGCUUCUGGUGUUUUUAGUUGGAAAAAGUACGUAUCGCAAGGAGGUUCGAGUGGGGAGCCCACUUACCAAGGUGGCUCAAGUGAUGGUGGCGGCAGUUAGGAAGCGGCGGUUGUCGGAGGAUAACGACGGUUUCGAAAUGUGUGUUGAGGUAGGGGAAGGUGGGGGUACUGCAACUCGAUCCUUGGAUCGUACCAACCAAUUCAGGUUUUUGGACAAGGCAGCAAUGGUGGACGAAAUAGACAGAUCGACGGGUAAAACCAAUGAUUGGCGACUUUGCACCGUGAACGAGGUGGAGCAGGUGAAGCUCCUCCUCCGCCUCGUCCCUAUUUGGUUAUCUUGCUUGAUGUUCGGAGUCGUCAUAGCCCAACUCGGCACCUUCUACACCAAACAAGCCAGCACCAUGAUUCGCACCAUUGGCUCGCAUUUCCAAAUCCCCCCUGCAUCUCUUCAAGUCAUCCCUGGCCUAACCAUCCUAACCGCAGUCCCACUCUACGAGCGCCUCUUCAUCCCCACUGCGAGACGCUUUACCAACCAUCCAACCGGAAUCACAGUCCUCCAACGAAUCGGGUUUGGGAUUUUCUUCUCAAUCUUGACCAUGAUGGUAUCAGCUCUAGUCGAAUCCCGGAGGCUCAGAAUUGCAUCAAUGGACGAUCCAAAAUCGAUUGUUCCAAUGAGCGUUUGGUGGCUAGUGCCGCAAUACGUUCUGAUGGGGAUCUCUGAUAUGCUUACGAUUGUUGGAUUACAGGAGUUGUUCUAUGAUCAAGUGCCAGAUGAGAUGCGAAGUAUGGGGGCAGCCACAUAUUUGAGCGUUCAGGGUGUCGGAAGCUUCAUGAGCAGUGCUAUAAUAUCCAUCAUCCAAAAGAUCACUGCGAAACACGGCGACGAAUGGUUGAAGGGGGAUAAUCUCAACACGGCACACCUCGACUACUUUUAUCGGGUGUUGGCAUGUUUGAGCACCGUAAAUUUGGUUGUGUAUGUGGUUUUGGCUAAGGGUUUUGUGUAUAAGAAGCUUCAAAGGAACAACGUCAAUGGCUCGUAAAUUAGUAGAUAUCUUAAACACCUUGCUCAAGAGGCUUUGACAUGAAUGUUUGGAUAAAA